AUGGUCUGUUCGUGGAAUAAGCUUGUUGGUGUUAUCUUAAUACUCUUCAACAUGACAUCUUUGAAAUCAUCAGAAAUAACAACUUGUGAUGAAAGACUACCUUAUUUUCCAGUAUAUCAUCCCAAGGUAGGAAAACAUUUUAUUCUCGAGGUUGGCGUUGCCUGCGCCAAUCAUUAUACUUGGAAAAAAGACGGCAAGCCACUAACUCUUGAAACAUGUCAUAAACCCGAUGACCCCUGCAACUGCACACAGCCCACCUUUACCACUCGAGCUGUCGGCAGAGCCGACUUACAUUUCAAUAAAAUUACAUUUGAAGAUAGUGGUAAAUAUAUCUUGGAAUUGUUUUACCGUAACGGGAUUAGAAGAGUAAAUUCGUUUGAAAAAAAUGUUCAAGAUAAACCUCUUGUCUUAAUCGAUUGCAAUGAUAUGACGGUAUAUGAAGGUGACAAUAUUACGUGUGUGUGUAAAACUACUCCUCAAUACCCCAAUGCUACCGUGAGAUGGCUUCGGUAUAAACAAGGCAAUCCAGGAGGGAAAAAUUUUACAGAUAUUCUAACACUGGAAAACAUUUCAAGAAAUGAAAGUGGAACAUAUACAUGCUUCGUUAAAAGUCGGAAUUUGGUAAACAAAACAUCGUUUAACCUUACAGUUGUGCCUACAGCUACAACUAAAAGACUUAAAGUAAAAUCUUUUAAAGUUUCUCAAGAAUUUGGGGUUGGUUAUAGCAAACUAUUUGUCCUCUGCAAAGCAGAAUUAAGCUUUCCAGAACCUAAUUUCACGAUUUCACGCAAUGGAACAGCAGUAAAAUAUGGAAACAAGUACACUGUAGACAUCAGAAAGAUUUCCUGUCUGGGACAGUACGAAUGUUUGGCAAAAAAUGGAGGGAGUUCCGACAAGUGUUCCUUGAGGUUCAAUGAAAGUUUCCGUGUUCAACAGAAAGAUAAGCGCGAAGUAGGCUGGGAAAUGAUGUCAAUUGCUGGAGCAUGUUCAUUCGUUGCUGGAAUUCUAUUCGUGUACAUUUUGAAUUGCUUGGGUAAAAAAUGUACAACGAGGGAUGAUCGUAAUGAUAAUUCAGAGCAUGUCGACGUUUCUCCAGAGAGUCGCCAGCAGCGAAGUGGGAAUGAAGAACUGGGUCCUAACGAGAUGGAAUUACGUCAUACAUCGCGCAGACCUGAGGACGAGGAAAUACGUCAUAGUGCGACAUACGUUAACGUGAUGCCUGUUAAUGUUGAAAACAUGCCAGAUUAUGUUAAUUAUGACGAAAACAGCUAUCAGGAUUUAAAUGAAUUGCGCGAAAGAGAUGAAGACAGAUACCAGUCUUUGAAUGAAAUAAAUAUAUGA